AGCGUCGUUGCCUUCCGUCGUCAAGUUACCGUCUUUCUCCGCCAGGCACCACCGCCAGGACCACCACGAGGCACGUCCGCCGCCACUCCCAUACGCCGUCUCCAGUUAUGGUAGGGUUACAUCUUGAUAGAAACAACUUCAUUGGAGGUGGUAUUGCUUCGGAUAUGCGAACAGAUGGUCGGAAGCGGUUAUUUUAUCGACACAUUGAAGUUGAAACGGGUGUCAUCCCUCAGCUGAAUGAUUCUUUUUGAAAGGCGAGUGGUUCGGCAAGAGUCAAGAUUGGUGACACAGAUGUCAUUGUCAGUGUCAAGGCUGAACUUGGAAAACCAAGUUCAUGUCACCCGGACAAGGGCAGAGUUUCGAUAUCCGUAGAGUGCAGUCCCAUAGCAGAUCCGAUGUUUGAGGGAAGAGGCGGCAAUGAGCUGAGUGCAGAACUGUCAACUACCCUUCAACAAUGUCUGCUUGGUGGGAACAGUAGGGCAGGGGCUGCAAUUGAUCUUUCUUCCCUCUCGGUUGUGCACGCGAAAGUUUGUUGGGAUCUAUCCAUACACGGCCUGGUGGUUGAUUAUGACGGGAAUUUACUCGACGCCCUCGGUGCUGCCAUUAAGGCUGCCUUGAGUAAUACAUGUAUUCCAUGUGUCCAUGUAUCUACUGAUGCUUCAUCUAAUGAACAUCCAGAAGUUGAUGUGAGUGAUGAAGAAUUUGUUAAAUUUGACACCAGUAGUGUCCCUGUCAUAGUCACCUUGACGAAGGUCGGGAGGCACUGCAUUGUAGAUGCCACUAUUGAAGAGGAGUCUUAUAUGAGCUCAGCCGUGUCCAUUUCGGGUAAUAGGAAAGGUCAUAUGUGCGGGUUGAGUAAACGAGGUGGCGCGGCUUUAGACCCCGCUGACAUACUUGACAUGAGUUGGCCUACAAAUUGGAUUCAUUGAUAGCUGCGUCCGAAGCGCGCAAGGAAGAGGAAAAUGAACCUUGACAUUGUGGUUUUUAGAGAGUAUGAACAAUGAGAUAAGUCAUUGACUUGUUUCUCUUUGUCCCUCUAUGCUGAUACAAAUUGUAGGCCAAAGGAUUUAAUGGUAUGUACGAAAGACCACAUCUAUAGACUCUGGUUGUAGUGGAAAGUGAUUAUAAUUCAAAAAUACGAAUUAAGAGUGGCCUAUGUAAUUGUGUAUGACAAAAAAGGUAUGGGAUCAUU